AUUCACUCUCCCCGCUAUUCCACCCCUUGCAGCCCGAUAAGUGAUUCGAUAAGAAACCCACCCACCCCUCCAACCACACCUGCUUCAAUUACGUUGCCUUUCCAACCUGCAUCUCCGCGCCCCGUGGAUUUGCCAACUGACAUAAUCACACUCGCAGCUACUCUACCGAUCGACGUGGGAGAAGCAAAAAUAAUGGCGUGUCCUGUUCGUCUUGUCUGUUGUAUUCAUUUGUGCAGACCUCCACCUACCACAUACCCUCGCCGCCAGAACUACAUACGCAAGUCAUUGUGCUGAGUUCAGAUUGAAUCGAAUUAGACCAACUAUUGAAGUGUAGGCGUCCAUACAAGGAGAAGCAGAUAUGUCGGAAAAGGGAGACUCGGAGCAUUUCUCACCAUAUAGAGCGGAUGGGAAGCUUUAUGGAUUUGUUUGUGUGGUGACAGGUGCUACUUCGCCGGUUGGAAAGGCUAUUAUAACGGAACUUGCCACCCACGGAGCAGCAUGCAUAUACGCCUGCUCAACCCUUCCAAACGAGCCCUACGCCGAACUCGCCGAAUCCGUGAACGCCCAAUAUCCUAACACCAAAGUAAUCGGGUACCCAUACAAAAUCACCUCAGAGGAAGAUACCUUAGCAUUGAUUGACGAUGUGUUGAACUCUUGGGGCCGCCUCGACGUAUGGACCACCUCCUCCGGCCUCCUUGGCCCCCCCAGCAUAUCUAACACCUCUCCAACCGACCUCUAUAAAGCCUUCGAACAAAACUCCAUGCCAGCCUUCUUCGCUCUCAAAUACGCACCUGCGGCCAUGCAGAAAACAACACCAAAAGGCCCGUAUCCGAAUGCUGCGCCAAAAGACCAUCCGUACGGCAGCAUUGUCGUCGUAUCCUCCGUCGCAGGUAUUUACGGAGGAUGCUGGGGUCCCGCGUUUACCAUGUCCAGCCACGCCGCUCUGGGCGUCGUUCGCGCUGGUGUCGCUAUCCUCAAGGGCACUGGGGUUCGUAUAAAUGCCAUCACAGCGGGGCAAAUCGAUGUUGGGGUGGAUUUAAAAGGUGCGGGCCUGGAAGGCGAACAAUUUCCACCGGCAAGCUUACAGUCUCCAGAGGUUCAGAAGAAAAUCAUUGGUUUGGAGAGGGCGGGGCGACCGGAGGAGGUGGGGAGGGUUGCGGGUUUUUUGGCAAGUGGGUUUAGUAGUUAUAUCACAGGCGCAGAGAUGAGGGUGGAUGGGGGGGCAAGCGUUAUGAAUCCUCUGACGGUGCCGCUUUAGAGGCGGAGAGGGGAGAAGUACGUUGAUGUUGCGAUGGAAGGUUGUGUGUGUGGUGUAAGGCCGCGAUGGUCCUUACGCGCGACAGGUAUAUAUACUAUUAUGUACGCAGAAUCAACUGUUGGUUGAUUAUUCACACC